AUGUCAUGUAAUGACAACCAGCCAAUCUCAAUAGACGAACUCGCCAACUCAAGUGCAACAGUGCCUGAGGAGAAAGGUAACAAUAGUACCUUUACUACAACUGAAGCAACAAACCAACCAGCCCCACUAAUGUGCACGGACGUGAAAUUGUUCAAUCCUGAUGACCCUUCUUGUUGUGCUACCGCAACCGCUUUCCUUGAUUGUGGAUCUACAGCUACUUACAUUACUGAGGAACUGGCAGCCCUUCUUAACUUUCCAACUAUCAAAAGAGAAGAACUCAACGUUUCAACGUUUGCUGGCUCUAAGCCUAUGUUGAUGGAAUGUUCGAUCCACAAGAUAGGUAUUGUGACAGAAAACGGCACCAAAUGUCUCAUUGUGAAAUCUACCACUUCUCUCGCAAAAGAUGUGAUGCAAAUCAUUCCUGAUGGCAACCUAUCCGUGACUUUAUGUAAACCAUCUAUACUGAUUGGGAACGAUUACUUUUGGGACCUUGUCCUUUCUCACAAUUUCUGCUACAAAAACCUAUCUGAAGGGCAUAGUCUUCUCCACACGACCAUAGGAGACAUCAUUUUGAAGAAAGCUCUCGAUACUAAAUUUAAACACUGCAGUUUUGUCUCUAUUGAAAACGAUGACGUUGCCAAUCCAGCAAACCAUAACGAACUGUGCGAACUGGUAAGCCGAUUCUGGAAACUUGAAUCAGUUGGUAUACUUGAUAACCCGGACCAGCGCGACGAUGACGAAUGUCUCAAACUCUUCAACAAUACUAUAUACUACGACUCCGACGAAAAGAGGUAUGUUGUUACAUUACCUUUUAAAGUUGAUCCGGUAAAGGUCCCUGAAAAUUACACAUUGGCUUACUCUCGUCUUCGCAAUCAGUUGAAACAACUACAGCAAAAUCCUUCCUACUUAGAAAGAUAUCAUGCAGUAAUCGAAGAUCAAUUACAAAGAGGAAUAAUCGAACGUGUGCCAGCCGAAGAUGUUCACAAACCGUGUCACUACCUGUCCCAUCAUGGCGUAUUGAAAAGGAAUGACAAGGAUCUCAAAAUCAGGUGCGUCUAUGAUGGAUCGGCAAAACUGAAAGGAAGCGUGAGUCUCAAUGAUACCCUGUACCGAGGGCCUGUACUGCUUCCUAAUCUUGUUGGAAUUCUCAUCCUUAGCAGACUGUGUGAAAUUCUUAUUUCAAGUGAUAUAGAGAAAGCAUUCCUCAUGGUUGGCUUGAACCAAAGUUCACGGGAUUACACCAGAUUUUUGUGGUUGAAAAAUUCCACAGGCUCACUGUGCCCACAAAACCUAAUCACUUAUCGCUUCACUCGUGUUCCAUUUGGAUUGUUUAUAUGCCCUGAUGUUGAUAUUAUUAAUGCCGUGCCAACCAUGAUCGCCCAGUGCUACAAGGAUUGGAGUCGCUGCACUCCAGCAACGAAGUUCUUAUCUGGUUCCUUGUGGAGAACCUGCGAGAAACGAUGCCAAGAAUGCUUGGGACGAGAAUGGGGAGAAUGCGUUGAGGUGAAAGCUGGACCUUGCAGCGGGGGAUAUCAGUGCCAGUGCAAGGGUGGAAAAGUAAAGAAUUCAAACCCAAACCCUAACAUAAUUACUUGUCUCCUUGGGCUGUGAUGUGCAUUGUGAAAUGGGCAAUAUAAUCAUAAUUUUCAUUUUGUAAGAUAAAUAUCCAAU